GCCUUUUUAAGGUCUUUUCAUAGCCUACUUAAAAUAAACGUUUGCUUUCGGGUGGUGCGUAAUGAUGUGUUGCUGAGCUUCGAAAAACACCAGAAACACAUGGCACUGGCGAAAAAGGGCUCGCGUCUCUGCCUUUUCAUCAUCGAUUCCUUAUGAGUUAUUUAAAAGAAGGCAACAUAAAUUGUAUCUCCUCCGUAGCUUUGGGAAUUGACAGCGGUGAGCCAUGACUUUGAGCUCAGAGAUGUCCGAUGCAUCUAUCCUUUCGGAAGAAACUGAUAUCGAUGUGGUCGGCGAGGGAGAGGAUGGGGACAACCAGACGCGGUCAUAUGUAGACGAGGUAGCUCAGAUGCAUGACGAUAUCCUCUUGGCUGGGUCCCCACAAUGCGUGGAUAGCUCUUCAACCCGGGAUCCGUACAAACCAGCAAGCAAAAACACCUUAGUUAAACCACCUUAUUCCUAUAUUGCCUUAAUUACAAUGGCCAUCCUCCAAAGCCCAAAAAAGAGACUCACGCUAAGUGAAAUCUGCGAUUUUAUCAGCAACCGCUUCCCUUAUUACCGAGAGAAGUUCCCGGCUUGGCAGAACUCCAUCAGACACAACUUGUCUUUGAACGACUGCUUCGUUAAGAUACCAAGGGAGCCCGGCAACCCUGGUAAGGGUAACUACUGGACUUUAGAUCCGGAAUCUGCAGAUAUGUUCGACAACGGCAGCUUUCUGAGGAGACGGAAACGCUUCAAACGCCAACAGACACAAGAUCUGCUGCGGGAUCACAGCGGUUUUAUCCCGGCUGCUGCAUAUGGCUAUGGACCCUACGGCUGCGGAUAUGGGAUUCAGCUGCAGUCCUACCACACACAUUCAGCGCUUUUUGCGUUUCAGCAGCAGCAGUCCCGGCACUCGCAUACUGGAACCAUUAUCCCCGCACCUUCUCUAAUGCCCACAACCACUGACCUGGUAAGGACCAGGUUUUACCCCCAACUCAGCCCCAAUCUGCCGUCGUCGAUACAGACUGCUUCCAAAUCAAGCUGUCCAGCGCAGCGAUCACCCUUUUCCAUAGAGAGCAUCAUUGGGGGACCCUUGAGUUCUGCUAACUGUUCCUCGCGGACUUCUCCAAUCGUACCAAUUUUGCCAUCAUCUCUCACUCCUCAGUCGCCCCCACUACCGCCAAGCAUACACCAAGGACCUGCUUUACUCACUGUCGAGAACUUUUCUAACAGGAUUGCCAACGGUACUAAUGGCUGUUAGUUGCAUAGGCUACAAAAUAAAAUGAAAAAUAAAACAAAAACGCUCCUCACUGAAGGUAGGAGGAUUAUUUUUGUAUGUUUUUGUUACACGCAGCUGAAUGACGGACAUUAACACAAUCUGUGCCUAUAUUCAUGCUGUGAAAUAUAUAAGAAUAUAUUUAUGUAUAGGUCUACAUUUUAGUGUGAUUCUAAUUUCUCAACCACAUUUUGUUCAUUAUAAAUAAGUGAUCCGUAUAAAUCACUGUUUAGGACGUCUCAGGAUAACGACUUUAUUAACAGGUUAUAUAAACUGUGUCACGUGUCUAAAACAAUGUAUUUCUUUUGUUUGUGUGUGUAUGAGAGAGUGAGAGAGAACACCAUUAUUUUCUAGGUUAACAAAUUGAAACUUUUUUUAUUGUUAUAAUUUGUCAUUUGUAUUGAAGAGACACUAAAGUGAAAGUAAUACAUUUAUAUGCAGUGUGUGGUUAUUUCAGUAAUAAAACAUUGUAAAUUCUUUGGCAAGUAUUGUAUAAUCGGAGUGUGAUAUUUUUACACGUUUUGUUUUUCAAAAGAAUAAAUAUUGUUUUCCAUAAAAUGAA